CGCGGGGCGUCCUCCCCCCACCCCACCCCUGGUUGUUUCUGUCAAGUCCGUCCAUUCCUCUACUUGCGCGAUGCGGCUGGUGCGCUCCGUGCACCCUCUCUCUCCUCUCGCACAGUGUGUGUGUCCCUCCUCAAUCUUGGGAAAAAUAGAAUAUAGUUGCUACUGCGGACAGACAGAAAAAAGGCCCCCUCCCUGCAAAGCGGUUAGUUCUCCCCGACGCACGACACACACACACACACACACACACGAGCGACAGAAGCGAAAUCCCCCACCCACCAUCAGUCACAAAACCCCAAGGACACCACGUGCCACGCCACGCCACGCCACGCAGCGCAGCACAGCGCAACACACGACACACAAUUGUUGCCAGCUGACGCAUACACGCACACACACACACACACAAACCGCCCUCGCGGCCCCUGUUCUGCUCUCUUCACUCACUCACAGAAAAAAGGCAGCAGAGGAAAAAAGCGCUCUCUCCUCUCUCUCUCUCUCUCCUUCUGCACCCACCAAAACACACACGCACGCAGACACGCAAAUUCCCUCCCCCUCCCUACCUCUCCCUCCCUCCCUCCCUCUCUGUCUGUCUGUCUGUCUGCCUGCCUAUGCCGCAGCCGACGCCACGGCGGCCGUCGCCUCCCUGUCCACGCCUUCUUCGCCACACCUGACGUCGCCAUACAUACUCUCCGUCCUCGGCCGGGGAUAGCCCAGCUGUUCCUUGAGACACCUCUCCACCUCCCCCAGCACAGCGGGGUCGUCAAUGGUGGGCGGCACGGGACGCUCGCGCCCGUCGGCUAUGGCUGCGAUGGUGCGGCGGAGGAUCUUGCCCGAGCGGGUCUUGGGCAGCCGCUCGACGAUGCCGCAGUUUUUGAAGAAGGCCACGGGGCCGAUCGACUCGCGCACCGCCGCGAUGAUCUCGCGGAUGACCUGGUCGGGGUGCGAGGCUCGCUCGGGCUUGAGUACUACGAGGCCGAGAGGGAUCUGCCCCCUGAGGUCGUCGUGUAUGCCGACGACGGCGCCCUCCGACACGGCGGGGUGCUGGACGAGGACGUCUUCGAUGGCCGCGGUGCUGAGUCGGUGUGCGGCGACGUUGAUGACGUCGUCGGUCCGCGACAUGAUGUGGACGUACCGCUCCUCGUCGAUGAAGCCGCUGUCGCCCGUCUCGUAGUAACCCUCGUAGCGGCUCAUGUAAGAGCUCAAGAACCUAUAAGGGGAAAGAAGGUCCAUUCUCUAUAUGUGUGUGUGUGUGUGUGUGUGUUUGUGUGUUUGGUGGUGGGCUGACCGUUUCUCGUUAUUCCAUAGCGUAAGCAGGGUGCCUGGUGGGAGGGGCAGCUUGCAGACGACGCGGCCCAUCUCGCCCGGCUCGGCCUCGAUGCCGUCGUCACGGAGAAUGCGCAAGUCAUACCCAACGCCGGGGUGACCACACGAGCCCGCCCUGCACAAUACACACACGCAGUGAUGUGAUGGGAGGGAGAGAGAGAGAGAGAGUGGUCGAUGGGAUGCAUGGAUGCGAUGCGUGUGGUUCGUUCAAGUGCCGGGCCGUGUGUCGUGUCACUCACCUGGGAGGAAUGUCAUUGUUGUCGAGUCCCCUGCAGAUGAUGGCCAUAGGGAAGCCGGUCUCAGUCUGCCACCAGUUGUCGACCACCGCACACCCCAGGAGGUCGCGCGCCCAAUCGAACGUCGGCGGGUCCAGCCGCUCGCCAGCCACAAACAACGUCUGUAUGGCAUUCAAUGACGGACGCUCGAGUGAAUGCUCUUGGCAGACAGACAGCCAUGCAGCCAGGCAGCCAAAGGGACCUUAGUACUGACCGACCUGAAAUUGGUCCAUCUUGGGUUUGUAGUGUUUGAUGUACUCGCCAUUGGGGUCGUCCCGCCGCAUCACGCGCAACGCCGUCGGCGCGAUGAACAGCGCCUUGGUGUUGGUCUCGCUUACCACACGCCAUAUCGACCCUGACCGAUAGACCAACCAAACACAGACACAACUCCAUCAGCGCGUGUGCGCGUGUGCGUGUGAGGUGCCGACUGACUGACUGACCAGGGUUAGGCGUCCCGACAGGUUUGCCCUCGUACAUGACGGUGGCGCAUCCGGCGAGGAGCGGCGAGUAGACCAUGCACGUGUGCCCCACAAUCCAGCCGACGUCGGAGGCGCCGAAGAAGGUCUCCCCGGGGUUGAUGCCGUAGCACGUCGGCAUGGCGAACUUGCCGCUCACGAUCUGACCCGCAUGGUCUCGCACGACGCCCUUUGGCUGACCUGCCAUGCCGAGACACAUACAGACACACACACACACACACACAGAGGGGUAACUAACUAGGUGCUUGUGUGCAGAGGGGGAUGUGUGGCUUGGUGUGAGUGAUGGGGGGGGUAAACGAUGCGCACCUACCUGUCGUGCCAGAGGUGUAGAGGAUGUAGAGUGGGUGGUUGGAGGUGACGGGGACGGCGUCGACCGGCUGGGCGGAGAAGAGGUCCUCCCACAGCAUGUCCAGGGGGGUCAGAGACGCCUCACACUACACACACACACACACGCACACACAAGGCAAUCAGUCGACACAUACACACAUCCCACACACACCCACGGGUCUGCGUCUGCCUGCCUGCCCGUGUGUGUGUGGUGUGUGGACUUCACAACGGAUGCCGACCUGCGGCCUCUGCAGGAUGACGCAUUUGUGGGGCUCGUGUGUGGCCAUGGCCAGCCCGCCGUCCAGCAGCGGCUUGUACGCCACCACCUUCUGAGCCUCAAUCCCACACGACGCAGCCAAAAUCACCUAAACACACCCACUCACACACACACACAUAGACACAUACACACAGCACACACACACACAGCACACACACACACACACACACACACACAGGGAGGGAGGGAGGGAGGGAGAAGCCUACACACCUUUGGCUGCGAGUCGUUUAUGCGUGUGGCGAGUUCCUUAGCGCCAAAUCCCCCAAAGACGACUGAGUGGAUGGCCCCGAUGCGGGCACAGGCGAGCAUGGCGACCAUGGUCUCCACCAUCACAGGCAUGUAUAUCAACACCCGGUCGCCCGCCGCCACGCCAAGCUUCCGCAGCCCCCCGGCCACCGUCGCCACCUGCAUGCCUCGGCGUGGCAUGUCGGCACAUUCGAGACGAGAGAGAGAGAUGUGGUGUGGUGUGGUGGUUUGUUUCGUGCCUUGCCUUGCCUUGCCUGUUCGAGUAGCUGUGCGUAUGUGUAAUGCUUCUUGGUGUUGGUGACCGGGGAGUCGUAGUAGACGGCAACACGGCUGCCGUGGCCGGCCUCCACGUGGACGUCCAGGGCGUCGUAGCAGCAGUUGACCUGACAGAUAGAUAGACAGACAUGAUAGGAUAGACAGACACACCAUACAUACCAUCGAUGGAUGAGCAAUGAGAAAACAGAGAAAUAAGAACCACCCAUGGCAUGCCAUGCCAUGCCAUGGGUGUACGGUGCGCAUGGCAUGUGAUGUGAUGUGCCUGUCCUGUGCGUGUCUGUGUGGGGUGUGGGGUGUGUGUGUGUGGGGUUUGUGUGGUGCUUUGCCUUGCCUUGCCUUCUUGUUCACUCACUGACUCACUGACUGACUGACUGACCAUUCCGCCGGUAUACCACUUGUAGAUAUGUUCGCUGCCCCGCGAGUCGUCCAGCACCUUGUCAUACCUCUUGAACCUGCACACACACACACACACACACACAGACACACCAGAAACCACAUCAACAGCACAGCACAGCACAGCCGUUCGUUCUGAUGAUCCAUAAGAGAGAGACCAGACCCAUGCAUUCGCUCGUCCAUUCACUCACUCAACUCACUCACCAGUGCGCCCUCUCUCCCUGCUCCCUCCUGCACACAUAGAUCACAUAGCAAACAAGCAGACACACCACACGGACUCCUGCUUCGCUUCGCUUCGCUUUGCUUCGCUUCGCUUCGCUUCGCUUCGCUUUGCGUCACUCUCUCUCACCAGAAGUCAACUUGGUGUCUGACGGACUUGUCGUGCAUGGCGUGCUGCGUGUAGAUGAAUGACCGGGGGGACUCAGCCAUGACCCUCGCUGAAGAAGAGGCCGCCCGUUGCUGCUGCUGCUGAUGAUGCUGCUGCUGCUGCUGACGAGCCAUCACAUGCACAUGACGAACCAGACGAGCAGAGAGGGGCGCGAGCGUCCUCGUGGCGGCGGUGAGAGUGUUGUGUGGCGGCCGCAGAGGCAGCUUAUUCGCCAGAUACCCCAUACCGUGACUCAGAGCAGCAAACCAGUCAACUCCGUCAAUAUCUCGUGUGCUCUGUUGCUGAUUUGGUGCUGUUGGUGCGGGCGAUGACGUAACUUGGCGCAACCCUGCGGGAUCUCACUAUCUCAAAACACCUCUCCG